CGUGAUUUGAGCGAGCUUCCAAAUUACGCCAUUAAACAGAAAGAUGUUUCUUCUACGCACACAACAGUGAAACGUUUGAGCACAUCUAUAUAUCAGAGAGAAAAGAGGAAAAGCUAAGUUUUGUCAAGUUAAUUUGUUUUGUUUAAAUUGAUCAAUAAAAUCUGCUUACUUGCCAGCCUGUAAGUACGUUUACUGUGAAUCAUUUCUAUCUGAUUCCUGUGCUUGGUGAGUAAACUGUCACCACCAAACGUACGUGUCUUCGUGCUCUUUUCGCAACUCAUCCACCCUUAAUAUGAGAGUCUGUCAACAGAUGGACAUCACAUUCUCGGGGAUGUUUUUUCUCUUUGUUUAUUUGUCCUUGUUUGCCUUAGGAAAUGGAGUUUCAGUUGAUGAGAUAUUAGAAAAAAAAAUUAGGAAAAUGAAUCAGCUUACUACCAGCCAAUCAUAUAUCAAUCUUGAUACCGAUCAAUUUAAUCUUCUGCUAAAAUCACAGCCUCGGAAUUACUCAGUUAUAUUACUUCUGACUGCUUUAAGUUCUAGUAGAAACUGUGUGCCCUGCAGACAAGCAUUCGAAGAGUUUCAAGUUGUAUCUACUUCUUGGAAAUAUUCUAAGCAGCAUGAUGAUCGGUUGUUCUUCGCGAUUGCGGACUUUGACAAGGCACCUGGUGUCUUUGAGUUUCUACAUCAAGAAACUGCGCCCGCGAUUGUGUAUGUAUCACCUAAAGGAAAUAUAAAACAAUCGGACUACAUGGAUAUUACGGUUAAUGGGUUUUCCGCCGAAGCAAUCAUGCGAUGGAUAACGGGAAUUACGCAAAUCCAGAUUCGCUUAUUCCGACCUCCAAAUUAUACUGGAACCAUGCUACUUGCCCUUUUUAUGUCCCUUGGGGCUGCGGUUCUGUACUUUCGUCGAAUCAACUUGGACUGUUUAUAUAAUCGUUCACUAUGGAGUGCAAUAUCAUUGGGUGUUAUUUUUUGUUCUAUUUCUGGGCAAGUGUACAAUCAUAUUCGUGGACCUCCGCUUUUUCAUGCGCCGCCUCCUAAUGGAGAAAUUAAGGCCUUUAUAUACGAUGGUUCUGACUAUCAAUUUGUUGCAGAGACUUUCAUUGUGAUGGUUUUAUAUAUUGGUUGUUCAGGUGGAAUUAUUCUCAUGACUGAAGUUAGUUCAACUACUGAUCCAACAAAGCGGAAAGUUUACACAAUAUCAGGAAUAGCCCUAUUUAUAAUAUCUAUCCACUUUAUACUGUCAGUCUUUCGAAGGAAAUAUCACGGCUAUCCAUAUGGAUUAUUUUUUAGAUGAAUAUUACCAACAACAUGGACGUGUGAUAGCUAUGCUUAUUUGUUUCAUUUUUUUAUUAUUUUAACGAAGAACCUUUUUUGUAUUGAGUAUUAUGCAUAGUCAUAUAUCAUUUGGAAUAAAAGUGUUUUAAUUCUUU